AUGAAUAACGAUUUGAUCGACUUUAACGAGUGGAAUGAAGUUGAUAUGCAGAACAAUAUUAAGAAGUAUCUGAGCCAUUUGGAGGAUGAUUUCCUUGGUAAAAAGGCAAUUCAUAACUCGCUACUCUUCCCGAAAAAGCCGAAGGACGAGGCGUAUCAAUUUUUAAAGAACCUCCCAUUGUACUCUGGCGAACCACAAAGCCAACCAGAGCAACAAUCCGAGGUGGAUAACGUUUACAAGUCGACGGUCGACAACAUCAAAGCGGAGAUCAAAAAAAUGCGCAAACAAAUUGAAACACUCUUCGAUUUAAACAUCAUCACAGAAAAUGAAUUCGUCGAGUUUUGCGCAUACAUCAACAGAGUCGACGAACUCACCAAUUCAGACGACUCGUGUGACUAA